GUAUAUUGCAUAAUGUGACCCUCUAUCAGAAAAUGGACAGACACAUAUAAAUGAAGGGAUGGUGUCUGCUAUUUCAUGAUGGUUAUAUCAGAGUUUAGUGAAGGAUAGUACUGUCAUUGCACACCCAACAGACACAUGAACAUGCCUGCAACAGUUGGAAAAAAGUGAUAAAGAGGAAUUUCUCAUUAUUUAUUCAAUUGCUAUGCUUUUAUCUUCAUGAGCAGUGCUAACUAAUUAUAUGAGGAUUUUGAACGAGAUUCAAGAAAUAUGAAUGAUUGCAAUUGCAAAAGGAAAGAAUCUUGAUAACUGUGCACUUUUUUCCAUUGAUGAAAUCUAUCUACAUUCAUGAUAUUGGAAACUGGUAGUAUUAUAAAGAAUGUUUGCUGGUUUCAAGGCUAUUCAAUCUGGAUUCAAUGACUGUACUGCCCUUUGUUCCCAUGCACCAACCUCUUACAAAACGGUGCAUCUUGUCUUUUUAAUAUUACUAACUUCUAAGCAAAUGAAUCAUAGAUAUUGAAGUUGAGUGUUUUGAUAUUGUGAAAUGGCCAAGAAGAAGAAGAGCUGGUUUAAUCUGGUGAAGAGGCUUUUCAUAUGGGAAACUCAUUCCACACAAGAAAAGAAAGAGAAAAGAAGGAAAUGGAUAUUUGGAAAGCUAAAAACCAAGAAGUUACCUUCAAUUACAGCUCCAACAACAACAACAAAUGAAGCAGAAGAGGAGGAAAAAAGCAAGCAUUCUCAAGUUAUGCUUAAUGAAGUUUCACAAUCUGCUUAUCAGAAAAAUCAAGAUAGCUCAGAGGAAUCUGAACCUGUUAAAACAAGGAAUGGUGUUCCUCAAUCGGUAUAUCUGUACCAGAUGGAGAUUCAAGAAUUUGCAGCCAUCAAAAUUCAAACUGCCUUUAGGGGCUACCUGGCAAAGAAGGCUCUGAGGGCAUUGAAAGGAAUAGUGAAACUUCAAGCGAUUAUUCGUGGGCGAGCAGUGAGACGCCAAGCUAUGAGUACUCUCAAGAGCUUGCAGUCCAUUGUAAGUAUUCAAUCAAAGAUAUGUGCAAGGAGACUCCAAAUGGUUGAAGGAAGAUGGGAUUCUGUUGAAGAUGAAGAGAUUCAUUAUUCUAAAGACAAGAUCAUUAGGAUGGACUCCAACAGUGAACGAAAGUGGGAUGACAGCACUUUAUUGAAAGAAGAGGUAGAUGCUUCUUGCAUGAUCAAGAAAGAAGCCAUUAUUAAGAGAGAAAGAAUAAAAGAAUACACAUUUAAUCAUAGAAGAUCAGCAGAGUCCGAAAGAGGUAAAGUGAAUGGAAGAUGGAGGUACUGGCUAGAGCAAUGGGUAGAUACACAGCUUUCUAAAAGCAAAGAGCUUGAAGAUUUAGACUCAGUUUUCAGCUCACAUUCAAGAACAGGUGAAGAAUUUAGUGGAAAACAACUAAAUCUUCGAAAUACUACUCAGCGACAAAAUCCAACUCAAGUUGAAGGAAUGGAUUCCCCAGUAAUUUUAUCAAGAAAAUCUUUUCCACACAGGAGACAAAGUUCAAUAGGAGAAGAGCAAUCAUUUUCCAGCUCCCCUGCAACUCCAGCAUACAUGGCUGCAACAGAAUCAGCAAGAGCAAAAGCAAGAUCAACAAGCUCACCGAAAGCAAGGUCGUGGAACUAUGACAUGAACUCUGAUAGCUAUUUGUCACCUAGCAAGAAAAAGUUAUCAAUUGUUUCAUCUGUUAACAGUGAAGUGGUUAGUAAUGGUGGUAGAAUGGGGAAGCUUAAUGGUUGUAACCAGCAAAGAUCUCCGAGUUUUAAGGGUAUUUCAGUACCUAUAAAAUCGAGCAGAAGUAUAAAGGAUCUUAGCAUUAAUUCAGAUUGCUCAUUGUCUAAUUGGGAUAGACAAAGUUCCUUUAAAUGAUGCAGAUAUGUUAUACUAGUUAAAGUACAAAAACUGUUUGUAACUAUGUAUGAUGUAUAUUAUAUGUGUUUCAGAAUUAAACACUAGUGUGCCCGAAAUUAACUAGUUGAUUUCUUCAUUG